AUGUCUACUGUGCCUUCACAAGAAACACUCGAUUAUUCACGUCCACAAACGUGGCGUAACUUGCCACAGCAACAGAAGCGCGGGAAAAAAGUUAACUACUACGAAUGUCGCUCUUUAAGUAACGCUAGUGCCGUGAUGAGAAUGCCACCAUCGACAUAUAAUGAAGCAGCAAUUGCAGCCAUUCCAGUAAAAUUAAGCUAUGACACCGAAGCAGUAGAUGCUGUCAGUACAACGUCGAAUGUUUGUGUGAAUCCAAUGUUGGCAGCACGUGAUACGAAAAAAGAAGGAGAGGAAGAAGACCAGAAGCUGAUUGAUGCAGUAUGUAAAGCCUCACUUGUGGAAUAUAAUCAGCGUGAGCAAGCGUUUAAACUAUACGAGUCAGAAGCGUCGCAACGAGCAUUUGAGCAUCAGACAACUUCAGCAACACUCCAACUAGCCAUUAACGAAGCAGAACAGCGCAAGUACGCAGCAAUGCAGACGGUAAUUGAUAGCAAGAUACGCGCUAAAGAGAUGAGUGACAAGGCUCGCGAUGCUACAUCACUCUAUCAGCAAAAAAACAGUGAACGUCUAAAUAAACAGACCGAGUUGGAAGCGAUAAAACUUCGUGAUGCACAGAAAGCUGAGCUUUUGACUGUUCAAAAGCGUAAGGAGGAAGCUAUGCAGAAACGAACGGAAGCAGAACAGAAGGCUCGUGAAGCUAUGGAGAAAGCAGAAGCUAUGCGACGUGAAGCAUUUCAUGCUGCGUCGAAAGUUCGACUAUACUCACGAAAACAGAUUGAGAACCAACUAAGCGUAGAAGAAACUCAGCGCGAACGUGAAAGGCAACGCAAGUUGGAUGAGAUCGAAAAAAACAAAGAUUUGGCUCAUGAACGUAAGGAAGUGGCUGCUCAGAAAGCACUAGAUGCUCAACGCCGAGCUGAAGAACUUCAUAUCAAGGCCGAGCAGGCACGAGUGGGACUUAAAGCUUUUGCACCCACGCACUCAGCGUAA